UGGCUAAGUCGGCGGUCUAAUUAUAGAAAAAUUAUUUUGCAUAUAGUAUUGUAUAGAGAUUUUUUUUUUCACACAUUAAAUUUUUAUUUUAUUUUAUAUAAAAUCCAGAUUGUCAUAUACUAAUUCAGAAGUUUAAUUUUAAUAUAAUAUCUAUCUAGCUAUCAUCGUCAUUAAUAUUAAAUUUGAGAAUUAUAUAUAGCAUCAAUAUGUCUAGAUUACAUGAAUUUAUAUAUGUAUUAUAAAUCUUUUCCUAUAUUUUAUGAAGAAAAAGAUCCAAGACUCGUAUAUUUUGAAAUGGAUACAAAAUGGGAAAGAGAUAUAUGAUGUAAGAAAGGUUAGUGUCAAUGAUAUAUUGGUGAGAACAGUAGUGAAGACCAUGUGUGUUCUCAUUGGAAGCUAGGGUUUGGUGGGUAGAAAUGGGUGAAGGUGGUUGGACGGGAACUUAGAAGAAAACCUAUUUUUACUUUUUAAAAAAAAAAUAAAAAAUCUUCUGUAAUAUUCAAGACUCCACCCUCUUGAAAGAAACUUUUGCCAUUGGUUCCACACCAAAUUAAACUUUUUGCAAGUAAUUAAUUAAUGCCAUUUCAGUUGUAUAUCUCAUCAUAUUCUAUGGGUGUUUUUGGAAUACGAGUAUUGACAAAAUUAAGAUUUCCUGUAACAGUACUAAUGGCAUUUCGGUACAUUUGGUCCAUGCAACACAUCUUUGUCAAAGUGUUAGCUGUAAUUAUCAAGAUUAAAUAUUGUACCUAGCCAUGGCUGCUUCUUCUUGAAGGGUGAUUUAUGGAUGGAACCUUGAUAUAACUCUUUUUCUUGUUCACCCAAGUCAUAUAAAGGCUUAUUGCUUUCGAGAAAUACAUCAUCCGUACUUGGGUUCCAGGUUUAUUUCUUUAUUUUUCUUGUUCAAGGUGUACAUAUAAAUAUCCAUCAAAAUAUAGACCCAUCUGAUCAGUUCUUGAACUGUUAAGAAAAAUGGAGGAAAGUCUUCCUCCGGGAUUCAGGUUUCACCCAACAGAUGAAGAGCUCAUUACGUGUUAUCUAACAAGAAAAGUUUCUGAUGUCAGAUUUACUUCAAAAGCUAUUGUAGACGUUGAUCUCAAUAAGUGUGAACCAUGGGAUCUCCCAGCCAAAGCUUCUAUGGGGGAGAAAGAAUGGUAUUUCUUUAACUUGAGAGACAGAAAAUACCCGACUGGACUUAGAACGAACCGAGCCACAGAAGCAGGCUAUUGGAAAACGACAGGGAAGGACAAGGAAAUCUUUCGUGCUGGAAUACUAGUUGGAAUGAAGAAAACCCUAGUCUUCUACAAGGGUAGAGCUCCAAGGGGUGAAAAGAGUAAUUGGGUUAUGCAUGAAUAUAGACUAGAAAACAAGCAUCUUUUCAAGCCCACUAAGGAGGAAUGGGUAGUUUGUAGGGUUUUCCAGAAGAGCUCAUCAGCAGCCAAAAAACCACAACAGGCAUCAUCUUCGCAGCAAUCUUUAGGAUCUCCAUGUGAUACGAACUCGGUUGUGAACGAGUUUGGAGAUAUUGAAUUACCAAACCUAAACAGCUUCGUGAAUUCAUCAUCUAGUGGGUUCAAUAAUAUGUCAGCACAAUCCUACAACAAUGAAAAUAAUGUAAAUAUGAACAUGAUCAACACAAACUUGAAUGUGAAUUGGGCUGCAACAAGAGAAGCAGUUGUAGCAGCAGCAACUCUCCCUUCACUGUCAUGGCCUUCAAGCUUGCUAACAUCUGAUCUUACAAUGAAUUCCUUGAUCCUAAAGGCAUUACAGCUUAGGAGUUAUCAACAAAGAGAAGCAGCGGCUGCGAGUAAUAAUGAUUACUCAUUUCUUGCUCAAGGGAUUAUGCCUCAAUUUGGAAGUACCGAUUUAAGUUCAAAUUUCCAGGCUUCUUCUUCUUCUUCAAAGGGUUUAGAGUCGCUGCCCCAGCAACAACAGCAGCAGGAGCAACCAUUCAAUUUGGACUCCAUUUGGUGAAGUUGUAAAAUUGAAACUAACAUCUUUUCUGUUUUAAUUAUCUUCAACCAAGCAAACAGGGUUGUAAAAACUGUGACUUAUAGCUUGAUCAUGCUAUACAAGAACAAUAUGAAUGAAUUAUCUCUAUAUAUCA